AUGGUUAAAAAUUUCGAAGUCAACAAUCCAGUCUUAACAGCUCUUCAAGGUCUUGUUCUUUCCAAUCCACAGCUAGGUCUUGUUGAAUCUGACAAGGUGAUCUUCCGCAAACCAAGUAAAGACAAGAUUGCCCUUAUUGCUGGUGGUGGUGCUGGUCAUGAACCUGCUCAUGCUGGAUUCAUUGGGAAAGGUGCAUUAACAGGUGCUGUUUCUGGUGAAAUAUUUGCAUCUCCAUCAACUGGACAAAUAUUGAACGGUGUUAAAUUGUUAGCGAAGACUGCAAAGGGUGUUUUAUUACUUGUUAAGAACUAUACUGGUGAUGUUUUACAUUUUGGAUUAGCUGGUGAACGUGCUAGAGCUUUGGGGAUUGAUACCGAAGUUGUUGUUAUAGGUGAUGAUGUUGCUGUUGGUAGAGCUAAAGGUGGAUUAGUUGGUAGAAGAGCCAUUGCUGGUACCUUGUUUGUUCACAAGAUUGUUGGUGCUUUUGUGGAAUAUUAUGAUCAUGAUGUUUCUAAAGCUGCUUUAUUAGCUAGAACUAUUAAUGAUAAUUUGGUUUCAAUUGGGUCAAGUUUAGGUCAUGCUAAAGUUCCAGGUCAAACUAUUGAAAAAUAUUUGAAAGAUGAUGAAAUGGAAUUAGGUAUGGGAAUUCAUAAUGAACCAGGUGUUAAAACUUUAUCACCAGUCCCACAUACUGAAAUUUUAGUUAAAGAACACAUUUUACCAAAAUUAUUAGAUCCAAAUGAUUCUGAUCGUGCUUUUGUUAAAUUUGAUUCAAAUGAUCAAGUUGUCUUGUUGAUCAAUAACUUGGGUGGUGUUUCAAACUUGAUUUUAAGUGCAAUUACUAAAGUCGUCACUAAUAAUUUGAAAUCUGAAUAUAAUAUAGUCCCAGUUCGUACUUAUCAAGGUACAUUAAUGACAGCUUUAGAUGGUGAAGGGUUCUCAGUCUCAUUAUUAAAUAUUACCAAGCUGGAAAAAUCAGCUAUUUCUAAUGGAAUUGGUAUUAAAUCAAUCUUGGGAUUAUUAGAUGCUGAAACUGAUGCACCAGGUUGGCCAGUUAAAAGUAAAGUUACUGAAACUCCAGAAUAUGAUCCAUCAACUAUUUCUGAUGAUAUUGAACUUGUUAAACCAUUUGGUUCUUAUGAUUUCAAUACUUUCAGUAAAAUCGUUAAAUCAGGGGUUGCUAAUGUUGUUAAAGCUGAACCAUACAUCACUGAAUUAGAUACUCAAGUUGGUGAUGGUGAUUGUGGUUAUACUUUAGUCCUAGGUGGUAAUGCAAUUGUUGAUAAUCUGGACAAAAUUUCUAAAUCAAGUUUAUCUGAAGCUUUAGCCACUAUUUCACAUCUAUUAGAAACUCAUAUGGGUGGUACUUCAGGUGGAUUAUACUCGAUUUUCAUUACUGGGUUAUCACAAGCCAUUAUUGAAGAUGGUUCUAAAACAACUGAUAGAAAGACCCUCAGUAAAGCUUUAGAAUCAGCUUUACAAACUUUAUACAAAUAUACUAAAGCUAGAACAGGCGAUUCUACAGUUAUUGAUGCUUUAGAACCAUUUGUUAAAGAAUUUUCUUCAAGUCAAAAUUUCCAAAAAGCAGUUGAUGUUGCUGAAAAAGCUGCUAAAGCUACUGGUGAAAUUGAAGCUAAAUUUGGUAGAGCAAGUUAUGUUGGUGAAAGCUCAAAUGUUGCUGAUCCUGGUGCUAUUGGUUUAGUUGAAUUCUUGAAAGGUGUUGCAAGUGCCUUAUAA